GCCGUGGCGACGCUGAAGAUGGCUGCCGCUCAGCAUGGACUGGACAUCUCCGGAGGCACCAUUCGACGCACAUCCUCUCGCUUCUGCCUGGGUGUCGAGCAUGGCGACUACAAUGGAACGGAGCUCUUUGGCGUUGGGACCGAUCGCUUUAUCUGGUUAGCUUUCAAGCCGAACAACUCGGGGAAGAUUCGGAUUUACAGCCAGAACUUCCCCGAUGCUGGUGUCGUGGAGUUCACACCGGGCAAGGUCCCGGCACCGAAGUCUCCGGAGAUCUCGGAGACGUGGGCAAGGUUUCCUUACGGCGUGGAGCAUGUCCUGCGCAAGCACGGCAUUGAUACAGCCUGUGGCUUCGAUGCUGUGUUGGUGGGCAACAUUCCAGGUGGCGGAAUGUCCCGCUCUGCAUCACUUGUUAUUAACCUCAUGCUGACAAUGCUAGAGGUGAACAAGAAGAGCUUGCCAGAAGGAGACUUCCGAGUGGUCACCAUGGCGCAGCAGGUGGAAAAUGAUUACAUCGGAACGCCCUGUGGCAACCUGGACCAGAUCAUGAUCUACUAUGCCAAGACGGGCAUGGGCACACGCUACGACCCAAAGACGAAGCAGGUGUCCUACGUGCCGCUCGGCGUGGACACCAACGAGUUCAGAAUCGCUGCUCUAGACACUGGUACCGUCCGCCAUGGUUUGGAGAAGACCACCUACGCUGUGCGGGUGAAGGAGUGCCGGGACUUCGUGGCGCUUCUUCAAAAGAAGGGUUACAAGAUCCAGAGCCUUGGGGACGUGAAGGAUCGGGCCACUUACGACAAGAUUGUCGCCGAGUUUGGAUCGUCUCAUCCGGAUCACUGCCUUCGGCUGGAGUACCUUUUCUUUGCGCAGGAGCGUUUCGAAGCGAUGGUGCAAGCCUGGGCGGCAGGCAACAUCGACGAGGUCGGCGCGACCUUUCGGCGUGAUGGCAUUGGCCUUCGCGAUGAGUAUCAGAUCUCUGGGCCUGAACUGGAGACGAUGGUCAACAUCGCGCGCACCGUCCCCGGCGUGAUUGGCGAGCGCAUGCUCGGGGGUGGCGACAAG